UUUAUUUUUUUACCCAAUUUUUUUUCCAACCUCUCUCCAUACCCACGAUUUCUUUCCUUUCUUCUUCCUUUCUCCACAAAAUUUCCAAAUCUUAUUCUCUCAAGUGUGUGCCUUAGUGCCCACUGCCGCACGUCGUCGACUGCAGCUCCCUCCACCGCCGUAAGUUCGUGACUCCGCCCCUGUCAACGUGACUCAGUCAUAAGUUCUCUUCCUUACACGAGUUUACAUUUCUUUUCUUCUUCCUCAUGAUCUGUCUCACUAUCAAUCGUGCUUUAGUUCCCACCCCCGCCGCCGGCUACGAACCACGAACCAUGCCGAUGAACCACACCAACAACUAGCAGCUACGAACCACGCCUACCGCUUUGAUAUUUGAGCUCAAUUAUUUAAUUAAACUGUUCCACAUUUGCUUGCCAGAUUUCUGACGCAUGCCGAAGAAAAAUGGAGUUUGGGCAUCAUUGGACACACAAUUAACAUCAUCAAAUGUGGGAUAUAGGCUUCUCCAGAAGAUGGGCUGGAAAGGGAAAGGAUUAGGGAAGGACGAGCAAGGAAUUAUUGAGCCAAUAAAAUCUGGAAUGAGAGAUCCCAAACUAGGAAUUGGAAAACAAGAAGAAGAUGAUUUUUUCACCUCAGAAGAAAAUAUCCAGCGGAAAAAGCUUGAUGUUGAGGUGGAGGAGACAGAAGAACAUGCCAAAAAACGGGAGAUUUCAAGGAGUUAAGAAUAACGAUCGGUGAGACCUUAAGCUUGGAGUUAUCUAAGAGUGUUGUGGUGCUUGGAGGAGGGUGAUGUCUCUGUUUCUUAUUAUUACAUAUACUUUGUGUUUUAUGAUUAAGAACGAUGAUCAUAAUUCGUUUUGUAAUGUGAAUGAUGUUUCUUCUUGUUAUAUAUACUUUGUGUUAUAUGCAAUUUGUUAAAAUAUAUUUAGUUCGUUGAUUGAAA